UCCAACAUGGCGGACGAAGGUGAUGUGAUGGAACAUGAAAAUCUCACGGAAAAUGACUCUAAUUCAACAUCUCAGCAUCAAUCGUCUUUAAAAAAUGAAGUACCGAACAGAGAGUUAUCUCAAGAAAAUAACAGGCAAAGAGGGUUUCCAGUACCAGGUCCAAGGUUCCGUAAUUUUCCUCCCAGGUAUCCAGGUCCUCCAGGCCAGCAUAUGAGAGGUGGUGGCCAUGGAAACAUGCCACAGCAGAGACCUUUCUUUGGCCGACCUCCCCCAGACAGGAUGUUUCGUCCCCCUCCAUUUGAUCAAAACAUGCCUCGAGGACCACCACCACAAGGCUUAAUGGGAAUGCCUCCUUUCAUGAAUAGGCCACCACUAUUGCCACCUCCCUUUGGAAUGCCGCCACCCCUUCUUGGUAACCUACAGCAGCAACCUAUAGCAGGCAACCAACAGACACCAUCUGCUACUUCACCUGCUGCUGUGGCUGCUCUAGAUCCUAAUCAAGACUUCUGGGUUGAGCAUGUUACUCCUGAAGGAAAGACGUAUUAUUAUCAUGCCAAGAAGCGUGAGUCUGUGUGGACAAAGCCAGCGAAUGUCAAAAUUAUUAAACAGACAGAGCUGCAGGCUCUAGCUGCUGCAGCUGGUAUCACAACAAGUACAGCAGCAUCAACUACAGCGGGAGCAGCAUCAGUGACCAGUGUAGAGGCAAACCAGACCUCAGCAGCAUCUGGGAUUAACCCAGGGAAUCCAGCUGCUGCAGCAGCUGCAGCAGCAACUGCUGUAGCAACAGCAGCGAAGGCAGCCUCUGUAACGUCUAUUGAAACUACACAAGCUCAGACUACACCAGCUAUUACAACACAGGUUGCACCUACUGCCACGACACUGAGUACAUCAACACCAACACCUGUAGCAACAACACUAUCCCAACAGCAGCAACAGCAACAUCCACCACCAUUGAUGCCUUUCACUGGUGUACCACCCAUGCUGACUGGUCAAGGACCUGCACCAACGGGAAUGCCUCCUCCACCAUUCCACUUAUUUCAAGCUCACAUGGCACGAAUGAGGAUGCCUGGCUCAAUGUCUGGAAUCCCUCCUAUGAUGCCUAUACCAGGUAUGCCAGGUGGACUCCUUCCCCCAGGAAAUAAUGUUGCUCCACCAAUGUUUAGGCCACCAUUCCAGCAAGCACCAGGGGGAGGACCAGCAGCUGGUGCAACAGCUUCUAAGAGUAUAUGGACUGAGUACAAGACAGCAGAUGGACGGCCAUAUUUCUAUAAUACAAGAACCAUGGAGUCCACUUGGGAGAAACCUAAGGAGUUAGUGGAGGCAGAGGAAGCCAAGAAAGAGCCUGUUAAGGAAAAGGAUCCUGUCAAGAUGGAUGGUGACAAAGAGCUCCCCAAGGAGGAAGAAGAGAAGAAAGAAGAUGAGGUUAAGAUGGAAGAAGAGGAGGAAACAGUAGAUGACAUCAAAGAGAAAGAAGUGCAGAAGGAAGAGAAGAUGAUGACAGAAGCUAAGCAGAUAGUUGAAGAACCUAUUGAUAAAUCUAAGCCCAUUGCAACCAAGCCCAUCCCAGGAACACCAUGGUGUCUUGUAUGGACGGGAGACAGCAAGGUGUUUUUCUUCAAUCCAUCUACAAGAAUGUCGCUAUGGGAACGACCUGAUGACCUUUAUAAUAGGGCUGAUGUAGAUAGGAUGAUUUUAGAAUCUCCACCAGGACUAGACAAAGGAAAACAAGAAGAAACAACCGCUGCCAAGAAGCGAGCCGAUGAUUCUCUACAAGAUGAGCAACAACCCAAGACCAAGAAGAAGAAGAAGUCAACCUCGGAGUCUUCUCCUGAGCCUUCUGAUCCACUGAAGGAAGCGGCAUUGGAGGCAGAAAUCAAAGCGGCAAGAGAGAGGGCUGUCACCCCAUUGGAGAUCAGGAUGAAACAAUUCAUGGACAUGUUACUGGAGAAAGGGGUGUCAGCCUUCUCAACUUGGGAGAAAGAACUUCACAAGAUUGUCUUUGACCAUCGUUACCUUCUCCUGAACCCUAAAGAACGUAAACAGGUGUUUGAGAACUUUGUUAAAAACAGGGCUGAGGAGGAACGUAAGGAAAGGGCAGGAAAACUAAAACAGAGCAAAGAAGACUUCAAAGUUCUCCUGCAGGAAUCCAAACUUGGACCCAAGAGUUCCUUCAGUGAGUAUGCCCAGAAGCACGGUAAGGAUGCACGCUUCAAGAGCAUUGAGAAGAUGCGAGACAGAGAAAGUCUCUUCAAUGAAUUUAUUCAACAAAUCCGUAAAGCAGCCAAGGAGGAGAGCUCCUUGAAAGCAGAGAAGCUUAAGACUGACUUCUUUGCAUUACUGGAUGAACUGAAGAAUCUUGACAGUAAGUCUCGCUGGUCAAAGGUCAAGGAUAGUAUUCAUCAUGACUCUCGCUAUAAAGCCGUACAUCAUAGCUCACAGCGCGAGGAACUCUUUAAGGAGUACAUCAACAAGAAGGGGGAUGUUGUGAAUGUAGAUGCAGAGAGACAGAAGAGAGUAGAGACCAGUCUUAGAGAGAGAGAAAAGGAGGUACAAAGAACUCGUACUGAACAACAGAAAGAACUAGACCGAGAAAGAGGACAGUUCAAGAAAGAGGAGGCUGUACAGCACUUUAAGGCUCUACUCACAGACCUGGUGCGAGACUCGGAGACUACUUGGCGUGAUGCAAGAAAGCAGCUAAAACGUGACCAUCGUUGGGAAUUGGCGUCACUUCUUGACAAAGAAGAUCGAGAGAGACUCUUCACUAGUCACACCUCUUCUCUUGUCUACAGAAAGAAGGAAAAGUUUGAUGAAUUGUUGGAUGAGACGAAAGGAGUUACCCUGACAUCAACCUGGAAAGAAGUUCGUCGACUCAUUAAGGAUGAUCCUCGUUAUGUCAAGUUUUCCUCAAGUGAUAGGAAAAGAGAAAGAGAGUUCAGUGAGUACAUCAAAGAGAAAUAUCUGGGUGCCAAGACGGACUUCCGAGCUCUAUUGACUGAAACUAGGAUUAUUACAUACAAAUCUAAGAAGCUGCUCCAGGAGUCAGAUCAGCAUCUUCGAGACAUUGAGAAAGUUCUUGAGAAGGACAAACGUUACCUUAUCUUGGACUGUGUGCCUGAGGAGCGUCUUGAAAUGAUUAUAACUUAUAUCAGGGAGUUAUACAAGAAGGGGCCACCUCCUCCCCCAACUGCCUCUGAGCCUUCAAGACGUCUUAUUCCUAAAUAAAUAGGACUUGAUUUUUAAUACCUACGAGCAGGGGCCAAUUUCAUAGAGCUGCUUAAGCACAAAAUUUGCUUAAGCACGAAAAUAGCUCGCUUAUUGCUGGCCAAAAUUCCAUGUCAUAUACAUUGCUUGUGACUGGUAUUUAGCUGCUGUUUACUUAGCACAACAAUUGAGGGAAGUCUUGGCCGGCAAACUAACUUUAUUAAGCAAGGAUUUUUUGAGCGUAAGCAAAAUUUGUGCUUAAGCAGCUCUAUGAAAUGGGCCCUGGUGUUGGGGAUUUUUUAUCCCUACAGAGGGCUUCUAUUUUAGGUUACUGAUGCAGGGGUCAAUUUCACAAAGAGUUAGGACUCGUCUUAUCUCGAGUAAAUCUUAAGGUCUGCAUGCUACAGUGCAGUGCUAAGUCCUAAGAUUAGUCUUAAGUUAAGAAGAGUUUUGUGAAAUCGACGGCAGCUCUUUGACUGAUGAGCAUUCAAGGGUAAAGUCCAAACGAAUUUGUUUGCUUUCAGAUGCUUGAUUUUGAGACCUCGAAAUCUAAAUCUGAGGUCUCGAAAUCAAAUUCUUGGAAAAUUACUUCUUUCUCGAAAACUAUGCUACUUCAGAGGGAGCCGUUUUGUACUUUCAACCGCUCUCGAUUCCUCGUUACCCAGUAAGUUUUUAUGCUGAAAAUUAUUUUGAGUAUUAUCACCAAUAGUGUCCACUGUUGUUUGUUUUUCUCGUACAAUGUAUUUUGGAAAGGUUUGGAAAAACUCUAUCUGCAUU